GCGGACAGUCACAGGCGUAAUGGCAGUAUGUAAACACUGAACUUUGAGACAAGCAUCAGACAAUACAGAAGAAAGGACAUGAUCCCCUUCUCUCGAGAGAUGCAUAGUGUGCUGCAGAAAAUACCACUGUGCCAACUGUAAAUUGGUGUUUAACCAUUUGAAUGGUUCAUGUUGUAGGUCAUGUUCGAGUUGCAGUUCAUUACGAAGAAACUUAGCAAUUCUAAUUUCACCUGGCCUUUGGACUAUGUCCUUACUGAGAGACUGAGGGUGCACCACUUCAGCUUGGAGGGACUGACUGUGAGAUAUUCAUGUUGAUUUCUGACAUGCCUGUAAUCAGGAGGUGGUGGUGCCAUCAGUUACUACAGGCAUUUCCUCUGGCAAGCCAACAGUCAGUCACCAAGCAAAUGAUCCAACCGGAUCUAAACAUCAUGGAGGUCACCCCAUCUGUGCCAGAUGUUAUGGAGGUCAUCCCAUCUACGAGAAUCCAUGACUUGGCUGUGAUGAAACGGAUUCUGCUCGACUGUGACUGGGUGGAGGAGAACAGAACCCACUUUGCUGGGAAAGUUCACUUACCACACCAUGAGGAUGAUGCCUCGUUGGCCAUAACAAUGCGGGACCUGUUUAUUGACUCUAUUUUCUAUGAAGGUGAAAUAGAUGAGGACAAAAUCCAGGCUCCCUUCCUUUUCACCUUUGAGAGAAUUGAGGACAUGGAGUUUUUCAUGCAGGAAAUAUAUGAUAAAAUAAAUAUUUGUGUCUUGCCUGCACAACCCUCACCUUCAACAAGCUAACUGAUGGGGUAGAUCUGGGUAAAUAUUGUUUUGUAAACAUUGUUUUGUAUUGUCUUGUAGUUUUAGGGUUUGUAAAAUAUCUUGUAUUUUCAACCAAUUCAAGUUUUGUGGAGGAAAAAAAAGUGUUCUUUAAACUUAAUAUACUAUAAUUCAGUUUUGUAUCUUAUUAUACAUUUUGUUCCUAGAUUGAAGAUUUAUUUUUAUGUUAGCUGUACAUUUUGCUAAUAAAGGUUAACAGAAAUAAAAUAGCAACAUUUGAGGGCAGUGAAGUAUGUGACUAAUAAAUUGUAAAAUUAAGACUUCCAGUCUAAUAAAUGUUCCUGGAUUGGU